AUGGCCUCUCGGAGAGACGACUACGUGGAAACAGCGCUACACUCGGUUCCAUUAGCAGAUGUCGAGCAAAUCGCAUCAACUCCUGCCAGAGAUCGAGAAUAUGUGCCGCGAGAUGGGGGGUAUGGCUGGAUGUGUGUCUUUUGUGUCUUUUUGAUUAAUUCUAAUACAUGGGGUCUUGAUUUUGCAUAUGGAGUAUUCCUCGAUUAUUUCCUUACCCAUAACCAUUAUCCUGGUGCGACUGCUCUCGAUUAUGCCUUGAUUGGUGGCAUUUCCAUCUCCAUGUCUCUUGUUAUCACCCCUCUCAUCAACACGAGUUCGCGAAAAUUAGGCACUCGUCCUACACUCUUGAUCGGUCUUGUUGCUUUAACGGCUUCUCUUGUGGGCGCUUCGUUUGCAACUGAAGUUUGGCAUUUGUUUCUCAGCCAGGGCGUUUGCUUUGGCUGGGGCGUAGGAUUUCUCUACAUCGGAUCUUCGAAUAUCAUUCCGCAAUGGUUCUCCAGCAAAAGAAGUCUGGCCAAUGGUUUAAGUGCCUCCGGUGCCGGCUUUGGGGGCCUUGUCUAUAGUUUGGCAGCAAGUCAGAUGCUUGAAACAUUAGGACCAGCUGGAACAUUUCGCAUCCUCGCCAUUUGCGGGUUCGUUGGAAAUUUCAUCGCCAUCGUCCUAAUCAACGACCAGAAUGCACGCCAAAGGCCAAACCAUUCUGCCUUCAAUUACCGGCUCCUGGCACGCAUAGAGGUCUGGUUGGUCCUAGGGUGGGGAUGUUUGAGUGAGUUAGGCUAUACGGUCCUACUAUUCUCACUUCCCAAUUACGCCAGCAGCAUUGGUUUGAGUGCUCGGCAAGGCUCUAUCGUGAUCGCGCUUCUUAAUUUGAGCUUGUUCGUUGGCCGACCACUCUUGGGUCAUUCAAGUGACAUGUUAGGAAGAAUUAACAUGGCAGUUAUGACGACCGGGGUCUGCGGUACAAGUUGCCUUUUGGUCUGGAUUUUCGCAAAAAGUUUUGGUGUUCUGUGCUUCUUCGCAAUACUGGCAGGCCUGGUCUGUGGGACUUUUUGGGCUACGGUUGCUCCAGUUGUGGCAGAAGUUUCUGGACUUUCGGAGGUUCCAAGCACUCUAAGUAUUGUUUUGGUGUUGAUGGUCGUACCCACAACAUUUGCUGAGUCGAUUGCGUUGGGACUCCGACGGCCCACUGGGAACAUCUAUCUUGAUGCACAAAUAUUUGUGGGCUUUAUGUUCAUUGCAGCAUCAAUUUGCACUUUGUUCCUACGAUCAUGGAAGAUCAACAAAAUGAAGCACGAGGCGAUUGAGCAACGAGACCACCAGCUCGAACGCCUUGGCAUUGUCAAUCGGCAAUCUGCAGACACAAUCAAUCUAGAAAAUCGCUGCUCAAAACAGUUCGUAGAGCUCAUCCAUGGGCUCUUUGCAUUAGCUCGCGUGUGA